AUGAUGCGUCUUCUCAUAUAUUUCUUCGUUGUUUUUAUUUGCAAGCAAGGAAGUGCAACGAUAUACCCAUGUAAUACAAAUGCUUCAUGUGGAUGUUCAACUUCAUUGACAGUUGUAUCACGUAUUGCUGGUGGUGAAAAUGCACCUCGACAAUCUUGGUCAUGGAUUGUUUCUCUUCGCUAUAAUGGAAAACAUUUUUGCGGAGGAACAAUUCUUUCACCAUCAUUCAUUAUCACUACUGCUAGUUGUCUUACAAAUAUACAUGAUUUAAACAGCAUUACUAUUCUUGCUGGAUCUCUCACUUUACAACCUUCGUCGAAUGAUUUGUCUCAAGUUCGUUCAAUCGCUAGUAUUUAUAAACAUCCCGAUUUUGACUAUCACUGGAUGAUAAAUGAUAUAGCUCUUCUUCGCUUAUCUACUCCAUUAGAUAUGACACACAGAAAUAUCAAACCAAUCUGUUUAUCAUCUGGUAUUGUUCCACAACCACCAGACAAUAUUAAUAUGAUUGCUAUAGGUUGGGGUACAACAUCAACGUGGACAAAUACACUUUCGUCAACUCUUCUUCAAGUUACAUUACAAUCCAUAGCCAGUACGUUUCGGGGAUGUCAGCGGGUUAUUUCUGAUACUCAACGACAAUUUUGUGCUGGAAUAAAAACUGGUGGCAAAGAUACUUGUCGAGGUGAUGGUGGUGGACCAUUAAUGACAUUGGUCAAUAAUGUUUGGCAACUUAAUGGUAUCACAUCCUAUGGUUAUGGAUGUGCAUUACGUGGUUAUCCAGGAGUCUACACUCGAGUUAGUUACUAUAUAGAAUGGAUCAAAUCGAUCCUUCCUUCCGACGAGAUUGCGACAAUUAUAACUAGUACAGGCGAAACCCCGCUGACAAGUGCCUCAAGCGAAGAACCAAUGACAAGUGCUUCAAGCGAGGAACCAAUAGAAACUACAAGCAUUACAAGCGAAAAACCAAUGGAAACUACAAGCAUUACAAGCGGAGAACCAAUAACAAGUAUCUCAAGUGAAAAACCAUUGGAAACUACAAGCAUUACAAGCGAAAAACCAAUGGAAACUACAAGUAUUACAAGCGAAACACCAAUGGAAACUACAAGCAUUACAAGCGAAACACCAAUGGAAACUACAAGCAUUACAAGCGAAACACCAAUGGAAACUACAAGCAUUACAAGCGAAGAACCAAUAACAAGUAUUUCAACUGAAGAACCAAUGGAAACUACAAGUAUUACAAGCGAAAGACCAAUAACAAGUGCCUCAAGUGAAGGACCAAUGGAAACUACAGCUAUUACAAGUGGAGAACCAAUAAUAACAACAGCUAGUACAAGCGAAAAACCAUCCACAGCUCAAAUUCCAGAAUUACCAUUUCACAUACCAAAUCAUAAUAAUUAUUUAAGAAUACAAUCGUUGCCAUUCACUGAUCAAUACAACAUUGUAAUUGGAUGUCAAUAUAACAUUUGA